UCUUCAUAUAUAUCUUCAAAUAAUUAAUGGCUACUAAACUCUUAUAUUUUGUAUUGAUGGCCGUGUUUAUAUUGCUCAGUGUGUCCAAAAUCUGGUGGGAAUCUGCUAAUAAACCGCGAGUUUUAACGGCAAAAGAGUGGCUCGAUAGACUCUUCGAAACAAAAACUGCGUUUCUUCGCAUCGGAUUUCACGAAGAUCAAGAAAGAAAAAGAAGUUCAAGAAAUGGAGAAGGAAGGACUCGGGCUUGAGAUAACGGAGCUGAGAUUGGGGCUUCCGGGGAGAGAUGUGGCUGAGAAGAUGAUGAUGAAGAAGAGAGCUUUCACGGAGAUGAACAUGACGUCUUCUGGUAGUAAUAGUGAUCAAUGUGAAAGCGGCGUCGUUUCAUCUGGUGGUGACGUUGAGAAGGUUAAUGAUUCACCGGCGGCGAAAAGUCAGGUGGUGGGGUGGCCGCCGGUUUGCUCUUACCGGAGGAAAAACAGCUGUAAGGAAGCUUCGACCACAAAAGUGGGUUUAGGGUAUGUGAAAGUUAGCAUGGAUGGUGUGCCUUAUUUGAGGAAGAUGGAUCUUGGUUCAAGCCAAGGUUAUGAUGAUCUAGCCUUUGCUCUUGAUAAGCUCUUCGGUUUCCGUGGCAUCGGUGUGGCCUUGAAAGAUGGUGACAACUGCGAAUACGUUACCAUAUACGAGGACAAAGAUGGAGACUGGAUGCUCGCCGGCGAUGUACCUUGGGGGAUGUUUAUAGAGUCAUGCAAGAGGCUGAGGAUAAUGAAAAGAUCGGAUGCUUCCGGGUUUGGGCUGCAGCCUAGAGGAGUAGACGAGUGAUGAUGACUUGAACAAGAAGCAAGAAGCUGGUUAAUUAAUUUAACCUUAAACAUGAUCAUCAAGAUCCUUUAGAACAUUUUUCCUAUUCAUGUUAUAUAAAUAUAUGUUAUAGUAUAUU